AUGCGCUUCGGAUGGCUUCAAUAGAGCAGAAAAAAGCAGAUGAGAGGCUCGUUGAAGAUCAAAAGGGCAUGCAGGAUAUGCAGGGUAUACAUGCUAAUAUUGGGGUGAAGAGGAUGGGAGAACUUGAUAGGAAAGUCUUUGAAGAUGCCUGCAAGGAGAAGUAUGAACCCGAAGAAGCACAAGUCAAGGCUCUUGAAUUGUGUUCUCUAUGGGAGGAUAAUCUAAAAAAUGCAGGGUGGCAUCUAAUGAAAGUUGUUACAAUAGAUGGUAAAUCUAAGGAGGUGAUUGAUGACAGGGAUGAAUCGCUAAGGGAUCUCGAGACUGUUUGGGGAACCGACAUCUUUGAUGCAGUGGUUGCUGCUUAUAAGGAGAUGAAUGAUUACAAUGCUAGUGGAAGGUAUGUGGUCCCUGAGCUGUGGAACUUCAAAGACAAUAGAAAAGCUACAUUGAAGGAAGCUAUCAGCUACAUCUUGAAGAAUUUGAAGACCCUUAAGCGAAAAAGAGGUUAAGGUAGAUAUUGCCAUUAUAUUAUGUGUACGUGCAAAACAAGCUAACAAACAACGUGAUGGCAGUCGUAGACUCGUAGUCGUGGCAGUUUGCUUAUGCUUUGUUAGAAAAAGCUGACCCCUUUUGUCGUGUUGCUAGAAAAACGAUGAUCUUUUGUUGUGUUGUUGGAAAAACAUGAUCUUUAAGUGGUUAGGAAAAUGUGGAUGGAGUGUGUAAGACAACUCUAUCUAUUUUAUGUAUAUUAGUAUGUUUCUAAAAA